UUUUACUCUCACGAUGUGUACGUCACUGCUGCUCCUCCCACGCGCGCAAAUGUGAGUUCGUUCCUUGUUCAUUCAAACGGCACCGGAACCCCAGUCGGACCCAGGCACAACCGGCACCGAACGUCAGAAGCGUAAGAGAGAAGGAUGAGGAUGAAGAGCCCGAGUCCACCUGCGGACCGCGGUCACGUGGUGGCCCUCGUCAUCUUCACGCUCGGCUUGGGAACGCUGCUGCCCUGGAACUUCUUCAUGACGGCCUCUCAGUAUUUCAACAAGCGGCUCAACACCACCUGUAACGACGCAUCGCACACACAGGCCCAGGACUACAACUACGACAGCUGGAUGGCUUUACUGUCCCAGCUGCCCCUGCUGAUGUUCACGCUGGCCAACUCCUUCCUCUACCAGCGGGUGAGCGAGCGCAUCCGUGUGGCUGCCAGCAUGGUCGUCAUCUUCCUCCUCUUCUCCCUCACUGCUGUUCUGGUCCAGGUCUGCAUGCACCCGGACACCUUCUUCUCCGUCACCAUGGCAACCAUCUGGUUCAUCAACAUGUCCGGCGCCGUGCUGCAGGGCAGCCUGUUCGGCGUCGUCGGGCUCUUUCCUCCGCGCUACAGCACUCUGUUUAUGAGCGGUCAGGGUCUGGCCGGGAUCUUCGCCGCCGUCGCCAUGCUGUGCUCCAUCCUAAGUAACGCAGACGAGCGCUCCGCUGCCCUGGGAUACUUCAUCACACCCUGUGUGGCCACGCUGGGGGCGCUGCUGUGCUACCUGCUGCUGCCUCACCUGGAAUUUGCUCGUUUCUACAUGAACGGUGCUCAGAAUGAAAAAGUGGAGGCAUCGCACGAGCUCCUCGGCAGCACAGAGAAGAAAAGCGCCAAGGACCUGGAGGCCGACGGGACGCGUGUGACGGCCCGGGAGCAGAGUCCGGAGCGCUCCUCGGUUCUGGCUGUUUUCAAGAAGAUCUGGCUGAUGGCUCUGUGCGUGACCUGCGUGUUCGCCGUCACCCUGUCGGUGUUUCCCGUGGUCACCGUGCGCGUGCAGAGCGUGUACGAAGACGCCUCCUGGGGUAGAAUGUUCACCUGCGUUUGCUGCUUCGUGGUCUUCAACGUCAUGGACGUGGUCGGCCGCAGCUUCCCGUCUCUCGUCCAGUGGCCGUCCAAGGACAGCCUCCUGUUCCCUGCCGCGGUGCUGACUCGGCUCAUCUUCAUCCCUCUGCUGAUGUUUUGCAACGUGAAGAACUCGCAGCUCAGCGUCCUCUUCCGCCACGACCUGGCCUUCGUCGCCAUCAUGGCGCUGUUCUCCUUCUCCAACGGGUACCUGGCCAGCCUCUGCAUGGCCUACGCGCCGCAGUUUGUGCGCUGUAAGGACUGCGAGACCGCCGGGUCUCUAAUGACCUUCUUCUUGGCUCUGGGUUUGGCUCUGGGGGCGUCCUUCUCCUUCCUGCUGGGAAAAGUGGUUUAGACGGAGCCGCCGCACGGACCCCGUCCAGGAGAAGUGAACAGAAACCCACUCAAAGCACUUCGUCACCAAAGGAGCAAACGCCUCAACCCUAACCCGUUAUCAGAGUGUUAAGGGACUGCACACAGUCAGAGGUGCCUUUUAGGGCAGUCCUGGUUACCAUAGCAACGGUUAACUAACAGCAUGCCAAAGGCGUUCGUCUUCACAGUGACGCUGGGUUUUUAAAUCAUUUCAUCCUCAGCUUUGACAUUUUUAGCACUGAAGUUUUAAUCUUUAAUGGUUGGUGUUUCUUUCUUCUGCAGCGUUGUUGCUGAAGGACAUAAUGAAUCAUAAAGGGACAAUACGCAAGCAUCAGGUUACUGUAAUAUCAAGUUUUGUGUCGUUUCUUCAGGAAAAUCUGAUGUGUUUGAAAGUUUUAAAGAUGUUUUCUUUUCUUAUUUAUUUUUUUAUACCACGAUGAUGUAACUAUUUCUAUAAAUGAUUUUUUGGCUUUGAUAAUAAACUGUGACACUUA